ACUUACAACUGGAAACUGAGUCAGUAUUUAACCAGGGAGCGAAUGAAUAACUGUCAGUCUGACAGUUUGACUACUGGAUUAUUACUACUUAGUAAUUUUUGAAUUGAGUUCUACAAACCACAUAGCCUACUGUUUGUAUUUUUAAUCUUUUAUAGUAGCACAAGUUUGAACUUUUUUCACAAAUUAUGGACAAAGAGCGUACCACCAUGAUUGCGUUCUGGAAGGAGCAUUCUCAACGUGCCACAGUGGAGGAGAUGAUGCUGGAUUCCAACGCACAGCAGCUGACCAAGCAUGAGCUGCCUGAGAUCCUGGAGAUGCUGCCCAGCCUGGAUGGCAUUGAUGUAUUGGAACUAGGUGCUGGCAUUGGACGAUACACAAGUCAUUUCAUUGGCAAGGCACAUCACGUGACGGCCGUGGACUUUAUGGAGAACUUUGUGGAAAAAAACAAGGAAGAGAACAGUCACCUUGGAAACGCAGAGUUUAUCCAAGCAGAUGUCACACAGCUGGAGUUUCCUGAAAAGAGUUUUGACCUGAUCUUUUCUAACUGGCUGCUCAUGUACCUGAGUGACAAGGAGCUGUGCUCACUGACAGAGAAGAUGCUGUCCUGGCUUCGUCCCAGCGGUUACCUCUUCUUCAGAGAAUCCUGUUUCCACCAAUCAGGAGACAGUAAGAGAGAUUUUAACCCCACUCACUACCGUAGUCCUGCCCAUUAUAACCAUCUGAUCACAUCAGUUAUAUGGGAGGAGUCAGAGGAGAAGGGUAAACGGUCCUAUGGGUUUGAUACCGUCCUGAGCAGAACUGUACAGACCUACAUUAAGAUGAAGAAAAACAAGAAUCAAGUGUGUUGGCUGAUGCAGAAAGCUUGUCGGGACUUGGACCAGCAGCACCAAGGAGGCUUCAGCACCUUCCAGCAGUUCCUGGAUAACCAGCAGUAUACACGCAGGGGAAUUCUGCGAUAUGAGAAGAUGUUCGGCUCUGGUUAUGUCAGUACUGGUGGAUCCAGAACCACCAAGGAGUUUGUUGACCUGCUGAACCUUAGGCCAGGACAAAGAGUCCUCGAUGUGGGCUGUGGAAUUGGGGGAGGAGAUUUCUACAUGGCCAAGACCUUUGGGGUGGAUGUUUUGGGAAUGGACUUGUCAUCAAACAUGGUGGAGAUCGCUAUGGAGAGGGCUGUGACUGAGAAACUGCCAUCUGUGCAGUUUGAGGUGUCAGACGCCACUAAGAGAACAUUUCCAGAUAGCUCGUUUGAUGUGGUGUACAGUAGGGACACCAUUCUGCACAUCAGUGAUAAACUCAGACUCUUCAGAAAAUUUCAUUCAUGGUUGAAGCCUGGUGGAAAGGUGCUAAUCAGUGAUUACUGCUGUGGAGAGAAACCAUGGACUCCUGCCUUUCAGGAGUAUGUUAACCAGAGAGGUUACAUCCUUUAUACACCACAGAGAUACGGCAAGUUCUUGGAAGAAGCAGGGUUCACCAAUGUAAGAGCAGAAGACAGAACUGCCCAGUUCAUUCAGGUGAUAAAGGCUGAGCUUAAGAGAGCAGAGGAGAUUAAAGUGGAAUUUAUACAGGAGUUUUCCCAGGAGGACUAUGAUGCUAUUGUAAAUGGUUGGACAGAAAAGUUGCAGCGCUGUGAAGCCGGAGAUCAACGCUGGGGUCUGUUCUAUGCCACCAGAGACUGAGAGAAGUAGAGAGAGAGCUCCUACAGGUUCUAUAGGUACAGAAAGAGAAAGAGAACAACUGUGAAAUUUGAUGAAGAUUUUAUUUUAAAUGCCAGAAGUUGAAGAAUUGUACAAAAUAUAUUAGGAUUCUGUAAAUGAAAACAGGCCAAUGUGGCGUUAAAAUCGUAAUAAUUUUUAAGAAUUGUAACAUGUCUUAAAUAAAAAGAAAUAUUUUUCCCUUGUU